AUGGGAGGCAGUAAGAAGCGUGUUGUCUCUCAACCUUCAUCUUCUCGUAGUAUUGUCAAAGCAAAUCCAAACAACAAAUCUGUUUGCACUGAAGCACCAAUUUUGUCUUCUUACAAUGACCAGAUCAGGCCGUUGCUUGACACAGUGGAUCGGCUGAGGAACCUGAAUGUGAUGAAAGAAGGGAUUCAGCUUCCCACCAUUGUUGUGGUUGGAGAUCAAUCGUCUGGAAAGUCUAGUGUUCUUGAGUCCUUGGCAGGAAUCAGUUUGCCUCGUGGGCAAGGAAUCUGUACUAGGGUUCCUCUUGUGAUGAGGCUUCAGGGAAGUAGCAGCCCUGAACCUGAGAUCUGGCUGGAGUAUCGUGACGAAGUUGUUCCAACUGAUGAGGAACACAUCGCUGAAGCUAUUUGUGCAGCAACUGAUGUGAUCACUGGAUCUCAUAAAGGGGUGUCAGACACUCCCUUGACCCUCCAUGUGAAGAAAGCUGGUGCACCUGAUUUGACCAUGGUUGAUCUUCCUGGGAUAACUCGAGUUCCGGUCAACGGACAGCCAGAGAACAUCUAUGAGCAGAUCUCUGGGAUGAUCAUGAAGUACAUCAAGCCUCAAGAGUCCAUCAUCCUCAACGUUCUGUCAGCUACGGUUGACUUCACUACCUGUGAAUCCAUUCGGAUGUCCAGACAAGUAGACAAAACAGGGGAAAGGACUCUGGCUGUGGUCACAAAGGCAGACAUGGCUCCUGAAGGUCUUCUCCAGAAAGUAACAGCAGACGAUGUGAGUAUUGGACUAGGUUAUGUAUGUGUCAGGAACCGUGUAGGGGAAGAAACAUAUGAAGAAGCAAGAAAGCAAGAAGAGAUGCUUUUCAAGACUCACCCAAUGCUCUCCAUGAUUGAUGAAAACAUUGUUGGCUUCCCAGUCUUGGCACAGAAGCUUACACACAUUCAAACAACCAUGAUUGCACGCUGCUUGCCUGAAAUUGUACGCAAGAUCGGCCACAAGAUGGAAACUGCUGACCUCGAGCUGAAAAAACUGCCAAUGGUAAUGGCUUCCACUGGGGAAGCAUUGAUGACAUUGAUGGAUAUCAUCGGCUCUGCUAAAGAGUCUCUCCUAAGACUUCUCAUUCAAGGAGAUUUCUCUGAUUACCCAGAUAACCAUAGCAUGCAUGGUACUGCUCGUUUGGCUGAUAUGUUAAGCAAGUUCUCAGAUGAUCUACAAGCAAAGCCUAAGCAAGUUAGAGAGUUCUUGAUGGAUGAGAUCAAGGUUCUUGAAGAAUGCAAAUGUGUUGGACUUCCCAACUUCAUUCCGAGAUCAGCAUUCAUGGCUAUACUUUCCCAACACGUGGAUAGCAUACAUGAGAAGCCGGUUGAGUUCAUCAAGAACAUAUGGGACUACAUCGAAGUUGUCCUCUCAUCAGUCAUCGCCAAACACUCUGAAAACUUCCCUCAGAUACAGUCUUCCAUCAAACGAGCUGGUAGGAAUCUCAUGUGCAAGAUCAAGGAGCAGUCAGUGGAUAGAGUGAUCCAGAUCGUUGAGAUGGAGAAGCUUACCGAUUACACAUGUAACCCUGAUUACAUGAAGUCCUGGACGGAGAAGAUAGAUACUCAGAAGAGCUUCGUCGACGCGGUUUUGAACGAUACUACAAAGCUUGAGAGCUUCACUGUAAAUGGGUUUGGGAAUGUGAAGAUAUCACAUCUGAGAGAGUAUCAUGCUCAUUUGUUGCAACAGGCGUUUGAUAUGAAGAUGAGGAUUACAUCUUACUGGAAGAUUGUACUUGGUAGGGUUGUGGACAACCUGGCGCUGUAUCUUCAGCUGUCUGUGAAGUAUCUAGUCAACACUCAGUUCCAGAAGGAGAUUGUGGCGGAGAUGGUGGAUUCUAAAGGCGGUGGAGGAAUUGAGAGGAUGUUGGAGGAGUCUCCGUCCAUUGCGAGCAAGAGGGAGAAGCUGAAGAAAAGUAUUAAGGUUCUGAAGGAUUCCAAGGAUGCUGUGGCAGCCAUUGUUGAUCAGAAUUCUGGGUAG